AUGGUGGUAGGCCAAUUAGGCAAAAAACAAAAACAUGCUGAAAUUGUCAAAUGCUGCAAGGAUGAUAUAAUCCCAGUGCAGUGGUCCCAGGUCCUCACUCAGUGCAGUGGUCCCAGGUCCACACUCAGUGCAGUGGUCCCAGGUCCACACUCAGUGCAGUGGUCCCAGGUCCACACUCAGUGCAGUGGUCCCAGGUCCACACUGCAGUGGUCCCAGGUCCACACUCAGUGCAGUGGUCCCAGGUCCACACUGCAGUGGUCCCAGGUCCACACUCAGUGCAGUGGUCCCAGGUCCACACUGCAGUGGUCCCAGGUCCACACUCAGUGCAGUGGUCCCAGGUCCACACUCAGUGCAGUGGUCCCAGGUCCACACUCAAUGCAGUGGUCCCAGGUCCACACUCAGUGCAGUGGUCCCAGGUCCACACUCAGUGCAGUGGUCCCAGGUCCACACUCAGUGCAGUGGUCCCAGGUCCACACUCAGUGCAGUGGUCCCAGGUCCACACUCAGUGCAGUGGUCCCAGGUCCUCAGUGCAGUGGUCCAAGGUCCACACUGCAGUGGUCCCAGGUCCACACUCAGUGCAGUGGUCCCAGGUCCUCAGUGCAGUGGUCCCAGGUCCUCAGUGCAGUGGUCCCAGGUCCACACUCAGUGCAGUGGUCCCAGGUCCACACUCAGUGCAGUGGUCCCAGGUCCUCAGUGCAGUGGUCCCAGGUCCACACUCAGUGCAGUGGUCCCAGGUCCUCAGUGCAGUGGUCCCAGGUCCUCAGUGCAGUGGUCCAAGGUCCUCAGUGCAGUGGUCCCAGGUCCUCAGUGCAGUGGUCCAAGGUCCACACUCAGUGCAGUGGUCCCAGGUCCACACUCAGUGCAGUGGUCCCAGGUCCUCAGUGCAGUGGUCCCAGGUCCUCAGUGCAGUGGUCCCAGGUCCUCAGUGCAGUGGUCCCAGGUCCACACUGCAGUGGUCCCAGGUCCACACUCAGUGCAGUGGUCCCAGGUCCACACUCAGUGCAGUGGUCCCAGGUCCUCAGUGCAGUGGUCCCAGGUCCUCAGUGCAGUGGUCCCAGGUCCUCAGUGCAGUGGUCCAAGGUCCACACUGCAGUGGUCCCAGGUCCACACUCAGUGCAGUGGUCCCAGGUCCUCAGUGCAGUGGUCCCAGGUCCUCAGUGCAGUGGUCCCAGGUCCACACUCAGUGCAGUGGUCCCAGGUCCUCAGUGCAGUGGUCCCAGGUCCUCAGUGCAGUGGUCCCAGGUCCUCAGUGCAGUGGUCCCAGGUCCUCAGUGCAGUGGUCCAAGGUCCACACUGCAGUGGUCCCAGGUCCACACUCAGUGCAGUGGUCCCAGGUCCUCAGUGCAGUGGUCCCAGGUCCUCAGUGCAGUGGUCCCAGGUCCACACUCAGUGCAGUGGUCCCAGGUCCUCAGUGCAGUGGUCCCAGGUCCUCAGUGCAGUGGUCCCAGGUCCACACUCAGUGCAGUGGUCCCAGGUCCACACUCAGUGCAGUGGUCCCAGGUCCACACUCAGUGCAGUGGUCCCAGGUCCACACUCAGUGCAGUGGUCCCAGGUCCUCAGUGCAGUGGUCCAAGGUCCACACUGCAGUGGUCCCAGGUCCACACUCAGUGCAGUGGUCCCAGGUCCUCAGUGCAGUGGUCCCAGAUCCUCACUCAGUGCAGUGGUCCCAGGUCCACACUCAGUGCAGUGGUCCCAGGUCCACACUCAGUGCAGUGGUCCCAGGUCCUCAGUGCAGUGGUCCCAGAUCCUCACUCAGUGCAGUGGUCCCAGGUCCACACUCAGUGCAGUGGUCCCAGGUCCACACUCAAUGUAGUGGUCCCAGGUCCACACUCAGUGCAGUGGUCCCAGGUCCACACUCAGUGCAGUGGUCCCAGGUCCACACUCAGUGCAGUGGUCCCAGGUCCUCAGUGCAGUGGUCCAAGGUCCACACUGCAGUGGUCCCAGGUCCACACUCAGUGCAGUGGUCCCAGGUCCUCAGUGCAGUGGUCCCAGGUCCUCAGUGCAGUGGUCCCAGGUCCUCAGUGCAGUGGUCCCAGGUCCACACUCAGUGCAGUGGUCCCAGGUCCACACUCAGUGCAGUGGUCCCAGGUCCUCACUCAGUGCAGUGGUCCCAGGUCCUCAGUGCAGUGGUCCCAGGUCCACACUCAGUGCAGUGGUCCCAGGUCCACACUCAGUGCAGUGGUCCCAGUGGUCCCAGGUCCACACUCAGUGCAGUGGUCCCAGGUCCACACUCAGUGCAGUGGUCCCAGGUCCACACUCAGUGCAGUGGUCCCAGGUCCACACUCAGUGCAGUGGUCCCAGGUCCUCAGUGCAGUGGUCCCAGGUCCACACUCAAUGCAGUGGUCCCAGGUCCACACUCAGUGCAGUGGUCCCAGGUCCACACUCAGUGCAGUGGUCCCAGGUCCACACUCAGUGCAGUGGUCCCAGGUCCUCACUCAGUGCAGUGGUCCCAGGUCCUCACUCAGUGCAGUGGUCCCAGGUCCACACUCAGUGCAGUGGUCCCAGGUCCACACUCAGUGCAGUGGUCCCAGGUCCACACUCAGUGCAGUGGUCCCAGGUCCACACUCAGUGCAGUGGUCCCAGGUCCACACUCAAUGUAGUGGUCCCAUCCCAAUUCUACAGUGUGAUUUUGUGUAUCCUGUAAAUGGCUAUAGGCCCAAGAAAGGAGAUUGAUUGUCAUAUUAGAAUGUACACAUUCAUUAAUGAUGGUUGGCAUGUAAGUGCUUGAUAUACAAUAUUUAGAUUUUCGGCUAGUUAUGUUUACAUUAUAUUAGAAUAUAUGUUUAUCUAUAUAAGAUAGUUGGUUUGAUAAAAACAGUAGUCGAUGGAAUUUUAUUAAUAUCUAACAUAGUUUGAAGAGUGGACUUAGGCAAAAAUUUUAAAAUUUCACCAAGAAGGUAUUAAAAAGAUAUUAAAAAAUAGUAGCUUGGUAACUUUUCUUAAUGUAUUUCCAUUUAUUUAUUAAAAGUUACAAGUUCUUGCUUUUUAUUGCAAUCCCCCACCCCCUCCUCCUCACAAACAGCUAAAAACAAAUGUAUAUCACCAAUCAGGUCACUGUUACUCUCAUUGAAUUAAAGAAGAUAAUUUAAUGGCAAAAAAAUGUAUAAGUUAUAAUUAUGAUAUAAAAGAAUUACAAUUAAAAAAUUAACUCAAAAAGCUAAAAGCAAUUUAAGAAUAUUAUUACUUAUAGCUCAACAUUUUACUUAAGACAUCAAUUGUAGAAU